ACAUUAAGGAUGAAUUCAGGAAGGCCCGAGACCAUGGAAAACUUGCCUGCUCUGUAUACUAUUUUCCAAGGAGAGGCCGAAGGUUUCCCCAAGGGUUGGUAAAGUACCAGCGCUCAGAAAAAGGAAGUGAUAGCACUGAAGGUGAAAUGGUUUCUCUGAUCAUGAAGCCCUCACUUGUCAGGUCUACGCAAAAGAGAGAGAAGAGCACUCUGCCUUCCACAGACUGAUUCAAAGUUCUGGUAGGGCACUCCUGACUUACAGCUUUUUCUUAUAUGAGAUAAGGCUUGAACUAGCGUAGGUUUUAUGUUUUAUUUUACUAUCAAGGAAGAAUGUUACCAGAGAGAACUUUCUGGUUCUAGCUUAGUAUUUCAGGAGCACUUUUUGAAAAACCAUGGUUUAGAGGUGACUGGAAUUAGGGAAAGAGAAAUUUCAUGAUAAAUUGGAAAGAAGAAACUAUUCUCAGAAUAUUCAUUCAGCAAACAUUUAAUGACUGUCUAAUAUUUGCAAAGAAGACCUAGUUACAUUAUAAUUAAAUAAAUUUUUUUAAGCCUAAAUGUAUGUCCAGUACUACUGUAUCAAGCACUUUCACACAUUCUGUCUCAUUGAAUCUCUUCAAAGAAGUUGUUGUUGACUCCAUUAUAUGGAUAAGGAAAGUCUUCUUAGAAGUUAAGUAGAUUGCCCAAGGUCACAUGGUUAAUAACUGGCAAAGCUAGGGUUCUAAAUCAGGAUCUUUCUCCAAGUCCACUUUCUACUAAACUACAGCUGGAAUUGCCAAGCUGUAGGUAAAUGCAUGGAGGAACCAAAGGACCGAUAGAGGAAUUCUUUUAACUGAAUUGAGGUAUAGGCAGAAGGUAGAUGGUAAAUUUGAUUGUUCCACAGUGAUUUGUUUGUACCUUUGUUAUGGCAUCACAGGCUGCCUUGUAUCAUUGUUACUAAAGUAUGUGACUGUCUCCUCCACUAGAUUGUGAAUUACUGGAGAACAGGGGCCAUGGUUGUCUCAUAUAUCUUGAUAACUACUUCAGGUUCAUUUUAAAGUGGACUGGACAUCUUUUUUUUUUUUAAGUUACUUUUAUUUCACAGUACCUGACAUGGUAUCUUGCACGAAGUAGGUGCUUAGUAAAUAUUUGAAUAAAGUUGAAUCCAAGUCUUAGGACCAGUUUAGUUGAAGAAACUGGUGGGAUAGCCCAUAUCCUAGCAGUUCUUCUCUUAGCAGGCUCCGCAGGAAUGGGGUCCACUAACUGAAUAGUUGAGAAGCCAGUAUUUAUCCUUGUUUUAUCCUCUGAGAGGCAUCUGGGUGCCAGAGUCCUUUAAGCAUGGUAGGGGGUACAAGCAUAGCAAGUGGGAAUUGGGAUUUGGCCAAGCCCUGCUAUAUCCAAGGAAAUGCUGAGGGGAGACUGGUAUUGGGAAGGUGGAAAUAGCACUGGGUUAGAAAAACAAACUUCUGUGUCUGCUACUUUCUAACUUUGUAUCUUUGGGCAAAUAACUUAAUGUCUCUGAGCCUUAAAUUCCUCACUUGCAUAAUGGGGAUAAGUAGUUUCAAGGCCACUGCAACCUCUUAUCUGAAGAUGAUUCAUUCGUUUUGCCCAGGCCCUGAGUUCAGUUGAGAUAAUUACUGAAUUUUUUCCCUAAGCCAUUUGACUAAUUAUUUUUGGGGCACCAGACUGUGUGAUCAUCUAUGAUAGGUACCGUCUUGUUAAUUUUAAUUCUGACUGCACUCUAGGAGACAUGGUGAUAGAAACACCUGGUGCUGGAAGUAGGCAAGAAUGCCUUUUCCUAACUGAACAGUUGAAUUCAUUCAUUCUGGAGUAUAUUAACCUUUUCUUUUGGGAGAGACCAAAUUAAGGUCUGUUAUGAUAUUUUCUCUAAAGACCAUAAUGUGACACUGGAGCUUCAGGAUUGAAAAGUGAGAUUGUCUUAAUUUACAACAGCAAGUGAUUUGGGCUCUAACUUCCAGAUGCCACUUUUAAGUUUGUUAGAUAAUUAUACCUUUUAAUGGUGUUGUUAUAUGAGACAUCUCAGCCCUCUUUCUAGAACCCUGGAGCAAAAGCCAGUCAAAGUACCUUCACUGAGCCCAAAAAGAAGAGAUUUGAUUUGAUUGUAAUUAAAAAUGGAAAUACUUGUCUUCUUUAUCCAUGUGACCCUGUUUUACGGAGAACAAAUUGCUUUAUGAAGUUGGGUUGCUAUGGUGACAGACUAUGGAGCCUUUAUCAAAAUCCCAGGCUGUCGGAAACAAGGUCUUGUCCACCGAACUCACAUGUCAUCCUGUCGUGUAGAUAAGCCCUCUGAGAUAGUAGAUGUCGGAGACAAAGUGUGGGUGAAGCUUAUUGGCCGAGAGAUGAAAAAUGAUAGAAUAAAAGUAUCCCUCUCCAUGAAAGUUGUCAACCAGGGGACUGGGAAAGACCUGGAUCCCAACAACGUUAUCAUUGAGCAAGAAGAGAGACGGAGACGGUCCUUCCAGGAUUACACUGGGCAGAAGAUCACCCUCGAGGCUGUCCUGAACACUACCUGCAAGAAGUGUGGCUGUAAAGGCCACUUUGCAAAGGAUUGUUUCAUGCAGCCGGGUGGGACCAAGUACUCCCUGAUACCUGAUGAGGAAGAGGAGAAGGAAGAGGCAAAGUCAGUAGAGUUUGAGAAGCCUGACCCCACAAAGAAUUCUAGAAAAAGAAAGAAGGAAAAGAAGAAAAAGAAACAUAGAGACAGGAAGUCAUCUGACUCUGACAGCUCAGACUCUGAGAGUGAAACAGGCAAGAGGGCAAGACGUACAUCAAAAGAUAGUAAGGCAGCAAAGAAGAAGAAAAAGAAGAAGAAACACAAGAAGAAGCACAAGGAGUGAGAGUGGAAAGAGUGUAGGGGGUGGCUGAGAGAAUAAGGAACCAAGAGCCUUGUUCCUUGAAGUCCUUGAAAAGACUCAGUAGUGAGAAUAAGGCCUCCCACCCCAUUUACUUCUCUCCAUGGGAGAUGGCUUUCCCUCAUGCAGCAGGCAUUGUUGGGAGUUAGAUGUCAAGAGCAGCUGCUUGAAUGAGUUGUUGUUUCCUUACCACUCCUGGUCCCUUCGCAAGUGACCUCUGCAGCUCACCCAUGCAUUCACCCAUCAUCAUUCAGCAGGAGAUCCCAUUGCCCUCUCCAGCUGCCACUGCCAGAGCUGGAUUCCUGUACAGGAGCCUAGGCUAGAGCCACAGUUACUGCUGUGGAAGUGAGUCUGGCUGUAGUCAGAGAAAAACAGAGCGAUCGGCCCCUCCUUGCUGGUCUGCCCUGGGCUGAUUGGUGGGUGAUCCUUGUUGCAUCCAGCAUGGGGGCAGAGAGAACCUGGAAGCAUGAGGAGGGAGAGCAUGGUAAGAAGUAGUGCGCACUUUUUCCAUUCUCCCUAACACGGCUCUGCUCUAUACAAGUGACAGCCAGUGGCCACAGCCAGAAAAUGAUCAUUUGCAGUGACUGAGCCUGUGUGUGACGUUCUGCCAGACCACUGAACCAGACAGCCAAAGGCAAGAUCAUUGCUCUGCUUUGUAUUUACUACUGUGCGAGUCAGUCAGUUCCACUUCAGGUCUCUGCUUAAAUUCCUGGCAUUUGAUGGAAUGUAUUUGGUUUUAAACUUACUAAAAGUUCUUAUUCCUUUAGUCCCUCUUCCUGGGUAACUUGACAGACUUAAAGUCACUGAGCCUGCAUUAUUCGACAGACAUUUAAUAUGAUACCUUAUAUGUUGGGAGAGGCCCAGCUCAAGUACGGAGUCAGGGGCACUAGUAGGUGAUAGCCGCCUUGGGAGAUCACUUAUAAGCCCUCCUCCCUAAUGAUCAGAUGACCUUAUCCCCCCAGAGUUAAUUAGAGAACCAGUGAGAAUUUAUAACUGUGAGUAGUGGCCUGAGGCAUAGGCCAGAGCUCAGCAGUCAUCUUGGCCAGUGGUCAUUUUCUUCCAGCACCAUGGCACAAGCCUGGAUACGACAUCCUGAGUCUGAACUCUAGAAAGGGAGAGACCGAAGCAUUCCGCAGAAAAAGAAAAAGAACUGCCCAGAUCCAAGAGCAUUUGGUGUGGAACAGAUGCACUGGGGAAGCCCUCCACUGAGUUUUCCAGGUUGAGCUAGCUCAUUUGACCAUAAGGGGCAGUGUAAAGGCAAAGUGUAGGUACAGAUGUUUUAUUACUGAAAGGGUAAGGUGAUCACUGACUACCACUGUCCCUGAGACUGUCUAUUCCAGUCUCUCAUCCAGUGCUUCUUGCUCUGUGUGACCUUCAGGCAGUCAUUUCUGUCCAUGGGCUGGCGCACAGGGGAGACAGACGUCCAGAGUCAUAUCACCAAAGGCAAAAGACAAUUGGGUAGCCGUGGGCUUUGCUUUAUUGACCUCAGAGCACCCUUUGGAUACAGUUAAAAAAACAAGCAUACACAAUGGGAACCGGAACCAGGCUGAUCCCAGAAGAAUUCCCCAAAGUGGAUUUAUACAAAAUGCCAGAGGGAAAAAGAUGAGGCAAUCUGGUGCUGAGUCCAGUGGUAGCCGAUUGGCAGAGGAGUCAGUGGAGGAGUGGGCAGGCUCAUGCCUGUUUCUCAUAGGUGCGAGUGCUGACUGCACUGCAGUGGGUGAGUGUCUGGAAGGAGAGAGAGAGUUAGGUUAGGGCAGAGGCAGGGGCACUCUCCAUUCUGACGGAAAGAGCCCUCUGCCUUCAUCAUAAAAAUCCUCAUUUAUUGAGUACUUAUUAUGUGCCAGGCACUUCACACAUAUUUUUUCUUAUCCUUAUACCAAGUCUUUAGGAUAGGCAUUGUAAUUCUCAUUUUAGAGAUUGGAAAAAUG